AUCACACUUUCUGCUGUGCAAGUGCUACAUUGUGUCAGCUGCAUAUAUAAAGUGUUUGUGUUCAGCAGAGCUCAGGGUAGCUUUUUUUUCCUCAGACCUCCUCCUCACUUGUUACAUGUGAGCCACAGCGGCUCCAUUGUCCAGCGGUUCAGUCGUCAGACUUGUUUGCCUCGUUGGGAGCUGCGGGGAUUGCGCUUCACGUUUUCCUACAACCUGAGCUGAUUUUUUCGAAGAGAUGGAUGAGCCGAACAAGCUUUUAUCCCGCCCCAUCUUCCGCAGGGAUGUGAGCUGGGAGCCUUUCCCGAACUGGACCCAGCCAAGCCGCAUCUUCGCUCAAGGUUUCGGGCUGCCUCCUUUCCUGGAGCCCGGUGACGUCGACUGGCUGGACUGGGCAAAGAAGAGACUGGCUUCUUUCUCCUGGCCGGGGUACACUCAGUCCCCGCUUCUGCCUCCGUUCACCGGCCAGCACCAAGGCGACCAGGACAAGAAGUUGAGACAGCUAACAAGCGGCGUGUUGGAGAUCCAAACCGGGCAGAACAGCUGGAGAAUUACCCUAGAUGUCAAUCACUUCUCACCAGAAGAGAUAACAAUCACAACCAAGGAUGGGUACUUGCAAAUAUCAGGAACUCAUGAAGAGAGGCAGGAUGAGCAUGCAGUGGUUAAAAGGUGCUUCAAUCGUAAAUACAAGUUGCCAGAGGGGGCAGAUUUGCAGCACAUCAGUUCGGCGCUGUCUGAUGGAGUCCUAUCCGUAGAGGCGCCCGUCUCUGGCUCAUCUGUCAGCAACCUGAGCAACGAGAUUGUCGUUCCGGUUCAGAUCAAACAGACGGAAGACGGUGAGAAGUGAGCAAAAGACCCAACCGUGUGAUGCAGCAUUUUUAGGAGCAACAUACAGAAAAGUGAAACUAAAUUGUUGCAUGUUUUGUUAUGAUUAUUUACUAAGUUUACUUACUUUUAAUAACUUAUCUGCUUCUGUAGAUUACUGUGAAUUUUUUGUAAUCAGAUGGACGCAUCCCAAACAUUUCCUUUUUGAAGCACAGGAACAUUGUAGCAAAGUUUAGUUUUCUGAAUCCUCCUCCCAAACUGCUGAAGUGAACAAUAAUCUUCAUAAUGCUGCCCUGAUAAUCUACAAGUGUAAUAAAAGGCUUUUGGCAUCUGAAUAAAAAAUAAAUCAUUUUUAAUAACUAUGUUUUUUUUGUUUAAUUGUUUUGUUGCAAAUUCUAAGAUUAUUUCUGAUCAUAUGUAAUGUUCUCUCUGUUGGCGGCUUUACUUGUAUUAAUUUCCCCCCUCAAAACAAUCCAUGGGUUUCUUGAAAAGGCUAAUAAAAGUCGAUGGCCCUUACUUUUAUUCAGCACAGAAAACAUGUUAAAUUAGGGUUUCUUUAGCCCAUAAGUCCUGCACGACUUUAACCUAUCUUUAGUCUUAAUGUAUCUAUAAACUGUAAAAUAUUGUUAUAAAAUUUGCAUAAAUCCUAAAGAAUUUCAGGUGAAAAAAACCCUGAAUCAUAACAGCUACCUUUAGGACACCAUCAAAGAAGGGAGGAAAGUGAUGGGCUUGUUCCCAAUAGGGGAUUAUGAACGAUUUGUUAUCUUAAAUGACUUUAACAUGAGGCUCCUUGGCACUUAUGUCACAUUUUAUGCAAUUGUCUUCUUUUUUAUUUGAUUUGUUGUUUUCUUUGUGCAAAAGUGCUGUGACUAUUAUUUUCUUCCAAUUAUUCUGUUUUCAUUAAUGCUCCCCCUGACCAACUUUUUGUUUUCUUCUUGUUGCUUUUCUUUUGUUAUGAACACAUUUUUGUGUUAUUGUUAUUUACUAAUACAAAUAUAUAUAUAUAUAUAAAAAUAAAGAACAAGGUAGAUAGGAAAGGGAAAUCGUAGCAUGGUCGUGGCUGUCAUUUAAGUCAACACUGACAUCUAGUGGCCAAAAAUAAAUUCAACAUGACAUUUAGAAUUUAAAACUUUAAAAAUGCAAUUUCCUAAAUUAUUUUUGUUUCAUUUAGAAUCAUCUGAUCUGAUUAAAAAUAACUAAUGGAAAUUAAACAUUCAGUAACUAAUAUACAUUACAGUUACAAAUACUUGAAAUAGAAGAUUGAACUAAAUACCCAUUGGACAUAUUUUGUCUGCUAUUCACCUUUAUCACUAAAAUAAAAAUAAAUAAAUAAAUUUAUUAAAGUGUACAACACAGAUUAUCUAUUAAUCAUGGAACAUGCAAGUGGAUAAGAUAUGUUAGGAAGCACAUGGACAUUUUUUUCCCUUUAGAGCUGAUGUGUUAAAGAAUCAGUAAAUAUGGGAAAGUAAAAGGAUUUGACUAAGUCUGGUAAUGGCCAAAUUAUGAUGGCUAGACAAGUGGGUCAGAGCCGAGGGGGUUACAAGGUGUGGGACUUAUGUUUCAGGUCUGCAGGGGUCAGUUGGUAUCUACUAAAAGUGGUCAGAGGAAGAAACAGAGGUGAAUUCUCAGAUAGGCUCAUGGUUGUGAGUCUUGCUGAUGCAUGGGAGGAACAUUGUGCGGCCAGUGUGCUAGUUCUAACAGAAAGAUGUCAGAAUACAUAGUGCAUCGCAGUUUUUUUCCAUUGCUGCAGACUAGUUAACAACCCCUGUGAGUCUGAUCUUUUAACAAGAUUUUGCACCCUGCCCUAAAUCCAAAAUAGUUCAGGAAACUGAAGGAGGCUGCAUCUGCAUGGAUCAGAACUUAGUUACAGAACUUAGAGGGUUCACGGCCAACAUCUAGGAACCAGAUAAAACGAGGUGUGGUCCAGACCAUCCUUUGGCACAACAACAGAGACCCAGCGAUAAACUCUACUUGAACAUACAGUAAAUCCAUCACUUGCCUGCUUCUGGAUUUUUAAGUUUGGUCGAUCCGGUCCAACUUCUUUUAUCUGCUUUUGUUCCUCCUGCAAAAUCCUUGUGAAAUUAUCUUGUAAAUUAAUAAAAAACAUUUUUUGCCGUCGCCGUCCUCUCCUGUCUUGUAGUUGUUGUAGAGUGACUCUUUUGAGGGAAAUCUGCACCUGUGUGUCUAAACCGCCAGGAGUGGGACUUUGAUUGACAUCUAUGAAGAAUUAAUGCGACUGGAUGAAGAAUGAAACAAAAACAGCUGAUUGGUUCUGGCCACAGAGAGCUGCGCCCCAAGGAGAAUAUUUAAGCAACCAAUUAGAGGGCCAGCAUGAAGUCACAUGGAAGCCAAAAGCGUUACACACUCAUCUGUCCAGCGCCUCUUGGCACUGAAACAUUGAAAUGAAUUCCAAAAUGUGGAAAAGUCUGAAUUCAGUCACAUUUUAUGAGAGAAGAAAUGUGAUAAUUUCACAUUUUAUUUCAUAAUUUAUGUUUACUGUCUACACUUCAGCACAGCUCACUGUUGCAGGACGUUUGAACAGCGACCGUUAAAGAAUCGCAUUGCUCAUCGCUUCACAAAUUGUGUUUAUGAUCUUUUUUUAUUGACCUGUGCUGUGAUCGUGAACAUUUGAGCAGAUUAGGGCUGCAAGGUUUGUGUGCAAUGGGUUACUGAGAAUGUUAGCUUCAUAAUGGUGAUCAUCAGCCGCCACGGUGAAAACCUUUUAUGCUCUUACUCACUGUAACACAAUUAAAAAAAUAUACUCACCUGUACACUGUGACUUUUCCUGCAUUGUCUACAUUUCAAUUGUUCACUUUUAAAUCACUGCUGCACCUUAUAC